GUGGACUCCGGAGGCAUGGCCCUCUGCCGGGUGGCCUGCCCUGCGGUUUGGUCUUCAUGUACACGGUUGAAACUCUGGAACAAGUUCCGAGUCUCCAACAUUCCCUCGCUGAUAUUUAUAGAUGCCAUCACUGGGAAGGUUGUGUGCCAGAACGGCCUCUUGGUAAUCCGAGAUGACCCUGAAGGUCUGGAGUUCCCGUGGGGUCCCCGUCCUUUCCAAGAGGUGAUCGCGGGUCCUUUGGUCCAAAAUAAAGGCCAGUCUCAGGACAGCAGCACCCUGGAAGGCUCCUAUGUUGGCGUUUACUUCUCUGCACACUGGUGCCCUCCCUGCAGAAGCCUCACUCGUGUCUUGGUGGAAUCCUACCGGAAAAUCAAGGAUGUGGGACAAAAAUUUGAGAUUGUCUUUGUUAGUGCAGACAGGUCAGAGGACUCCUUCAAGCAGUAUUUCAGCGAGAUGCCCUGGCUGGCAGUCCCGUAUGCUGAUGAAGCCAGGCGCUCCCGUCUCAACCGACUCUACGGCAUCCAAGGUAUCCCAACUCUCAUCAUCCUGGACCCCAAGGGCGAGGUGAUCACGCGGCAAGGCCGGGUGGAAGUCCUGAACGACCUGGAUUGCCGGGAGUUCCCCUGGUACCCCAAGCCUGUCCUGGAGCUGACGGAGGCCAACGCCGUGCACCUGAAUGAGGGCCCCUGCCUCGUUCUUUUUGUGGAUUCUGAUGACGACGGAGAGUCUGAAGCAGCCAAGCAGCUCAUCCAGCCCAUUGCUGAGAAAAUAAUUGCCAAAUACAGAGCCAAAGACGAGGAGGCCCCGCUACUGUUCUUCGUGGCUGGAGAGGACAACAUGACCGACUCCCUUCGGGAUUACACCAACCUCCCCGAAGCGGCCCCGCUCCUCACCAUCCUGGAUAUGUCCGCCCGGGCCAAGUACGUUAUGGACGUGGAGGAGAUCACCCCCGACAUCGUGGAAGCCUUUGUGAAUGACUUUCUACUGGACAAGCUGAAACCGGAACCCAUCUGAAGUGCCCGUGGGGGUGAGGCCAGGCGGGAGAGGGCCUGCCCCACUUGGACCCCGUUUUCAAAGAGCAGGACUUUCCCCGGCCCUGUGCAGAGCCUGGUGGCAGACUUCCUCGUGGUGCCUUGCUUUCAGUCUUCUCCGCUGCCGCAAUUACCCUUCAAAGGUGCUGUUUCCAAGCAGGGAGGCGCUGGCCGGAGGAGAGGGGGUGGCUGCUUGGGGAGGGGGCCCCCACGGAGCCUCUGGGGGGGGAGCCAGAAGCAGCGGCUGUUUGCUGUUUAGGAGGGGCGCUAGCUAGCAGGUUAAAGUGGGCCGUUUCCCAAAUUCAACUCUGGGUGCACGUGUUUGGGUGUGUGUGUUGGGGGGGGGUUAUGUCUGGGGGCUUUCUACUCCUCUUUCUGCAUUCACAAAAUCUUUGCAAACUGAGCAAUAAACAAAAUCUCUUCUUUCUGCCCCAUUUCCACAUCUGCCCCAAAUAGUAAGCGGGGCUCCUUUUAAACGGACAAAAUUGUGUCCAAAUAGUUCAGGUUUUGUUUCCAUGGUGUGCUGUGACAGCAAGCUGGGGGGGGGGGGGUGUCCACUCUAUGUCUUUUAGACAUAGGUUUAAAUUUCAAACCCAACACACACACACACACCGAUUUCUGGGGCUUCUAUCUGGGAGCAGGAGUGGAAACCACAAUUCAGUGCCUCUUUCCAAUGUUCAUUUCCGGAGGGGGGGGAAGGCAAGGUGUCUGCUUCUGUUCAGGAGCCGGGCCUCAUCCAGAC